AUGCCUAUGCACAAAGGACUCUUGCCCCGUGAGGGUUUCUGCGCCGAUGCUAUUCUUAACCUCAUCCGUUCCACAGCCUUGAAUCCGAGCUUCCUUCUCCCUCUCAUCCUUCUGGGCCGCUUCACCAAGACAGGCAGAGCGCUCACCAUCCAACAUGGAAGAGCCCACAAUGGGCUAUAUACUUUGUUCUAUGUAGCCGUCGCGCGCGUUGUGAACAAUUGGCUCUCCAACAUGGUCAGCAACAAUUGGGUAUCGGAUAAGUAUGACUGGGAAAAGGAAAUUGUCCUUGUCACAGGUGGCUCUGGGGGCAUUGGCGGCUGCAUGGUCCGUCUAUUUGACGAGCUAGGGGUUAAGGUGGUCGUACUUGAUAUCCAGCCUAUGACCUUCACAACCUCUGACAGAAUUAGUUAUUACAACUGUGAUCUUAGAUCACCUGAGAGCGUCAAUGCUGUGGCUGAUAAGAUCCGCACAGAAGUAGGCCACCCAACCGUCAUCAUCAACAACGCCGGUGUCGUUCGUGGUAAGACAAUUCUCGACAGCGAUCCGAGUGAUAUUCGGUUCACGUUCGAUGUGAAUACAUUUGCUGCGUUCUGGGUCACCAAGGCCUUCUUGCCCAACUUGAUCGCACGGGAUCACGGCAUGAUCGUCACAGUAACUUCGACCGCCUCCUGGCUCGCCAUUCCCAACUUGACAGACUACUGCGGCAGCAAAGCUGCUUCACUAGCUCUCCAUGAAGGUCUCUCUGCUGAACUCAAGUCCAAGUACAACGCCCCAAAAGUUCGUACCGUGGUGGUUCAUCCUGGCCAUACAAGGACUCCGCUCUUCGAGGGCUACAACCAGGAUACGGCGUUUCUCAUGCCUGAGCAACAACCCGAGUCGAUCGCUGAAGCAGUAGUCAAGAAGGUUAUGAGCGGGCGUUCGGGCUCCGUCAUCGUUCCCCAAACGGUCGGCAUGUUAUCACCACUGCGAGCAAUGCCUGAAUGGUACGGUCGGACCGUGCGGUCCGAUGCUAGAAUCAUGUCAAAUUGGAACGGGCGGCAGGUAAUCAGCGAUGUUAGUGGGCCGCAGGAUGACAAGCAGGCUCAGAGUGAUGAAAGUGAGAGCGUGUUGCUGGUUCCCUAG